ACAUCACGAUGUACAUUCUUCCGCUUAAGCAACACUUCCCUAAAACGGUGGAUCUGAUCUGAUCUGACUCUCGGUUUAAAUCUCAGUUUGUUCCAGAAAACCUCAAGUCAUGGCGGAAGUUUUUGCUGACCUGAAACUGAUGAACAAAGCCGGGCAGUUAGUGGACUCCCGGGAGGCGCUGAGCAACAAAAUAGUGGGAAUUUAUUUUUCUGCGGAAUGGUGCCCACCGUGCCGCGGCUUCACGCCGGUCCUGAGUGAUUUUUACACGGAGCUCGUGAAGGAAAGUGACUCCCCAGCCCCGUUUGAGAUCGUUUUCGUCUCCUCAGAUCGAAGCGAAAAAGACAUGAUGGAAUACUUUCAGAAGAAGCACGGUGAUUGGCUCGUUCUCCCCUUUAACCCUGAAAGGAAACGGAUUAUCAGCCAGCGCUACAAUAUCUCAGGCAUUCCCACAUUGGUGAUCGUGAAGGGGAACGGCGAUGUGAUCACAAGAGAUGGAAGAGCUGAUGUCCAAACCAAAGGCCCCGCCUGCUUCAAGAGCUGGCAGAGUGCCUAGGAAUCCAGCUGAAUCAUGCAUUUAAAAAUAUAGAUCAGUCUGUCUGAUUUAGUGUGUGGUUGUAAUCAAAAAUACUUGCAAUACUUGCAUUUUCUUACUUUCUGUUUUUGUUUCAUGACUUCUUCCAUAUCUCAACUUCUUUAAUUCAUUGUUUCCCCCCUUAAAAAUCCCAUUACAAUAUUAAUUGUACCUGAUAUACUCUAUAUAUCCAAGACUUUUAUCAUGUGGUCAUUAUUCAGAAUAACUAAGUCUUGCAUGUGUUUCGGGGUUUUAUGACCUCAUAAAUUAAAUAUGUCUAAGAGAACUUGAUUGUAUUUGUUUCCAUCAAAAAAAAA